AUGGUGGAGACCGUCGACCCUAACAUUUAUAUUAAGCCUCCGUUUGGGCUCCGUCCGGAUCGCUGCUCUUUUGGAUCCCUUUCUCUUACUAAGAUAACGAAGAAGAAGAUGUCUGCAGCCCUAACCUUCGCCGGGAUGUCCCUUCAUGGCGCUGGCCGACACAGGACGGUGGUGGCGGAGAAAUGGGCGCCGGCGGCCGCGGGGACGAGGGGGAGGAGUCCGUACGAGGUGCUUAGGGUGCGGGAGACGGCGACGGCGGGAGAGAUCAAGGCGGCGUACCGGUCCAUGGCCAAGCGGUUCCACCCGGACGUGGCUGCUGACGGGAGAGGGGACGACUUCGUGGAGAUUCACCGGGCGUACGAGGCGCUGUCGGACCCGGUGGCGAGGGCGCGGUACGACCUCUUGAUGGGGAGGUGGUGGCGGGGGGCGGAGCGCCUCCGAUCCAGGAGGUGGGAAACGGACCAGUGCUGGUAGCCAUAGUGACGUUUCGCCUAUGACCGACCUUAGUGGUGGUCGUCACAGAGUCACUAUGACCGAAGGACGCAGAGACAGACCUGGUAGCCACUAGAGGCAAGUUUCGCCGAUGGCCGAGAGACGCAUCUCCUUCCCCACUGUUUAUUGGAGGAAAUUUUUCUUUGCAUUUUUGUGCAUAAAUAAAUAAAUAUAUAGCUUCAGGGUUUUUCUAGCAUGUUAUGUCUCUAUUCUCUCUGUAAAUAAGCUAAUAAUUAAUUGACCAGGCUUUCUUAU